UCCCGCGCGGGUGGUCGGCCAAUGGCACUGAAUGUCUUCAGCCAGGUGGGAGCGUCAAUGGUCUCAAGGGUUGCAGGGUUCUUCUUCUUCACCUCAUCGUCGUGGAUGAAUGCAACAUUUCAACUUGUCUCGAGCAGUGCGGUGCAGAUGUGUCGCUCGCCGCUGACUGUGCGUCCCUCGCCCUGAAAACAAAGUGCCCACCUCUGCUCUGCAAGCUGCAGCGUCUCGUUGCGAGAGUUUCUCUCCGUCGCGACCAGCACUGCGUCAGGAUUAGGUGGCCAGGUACCCGGUACGUACCCUGCGCAAGCUUCUGUUACGGGGAUGAGCUCCCUGGCUGCAGACACCAGCAGGGGUGCAGCAACGGCUUGGCAGUGAUUAACAGGAGGGGCGUUCCCUCUACUUACGAGGAUCACCCCACCUCCCCGCCUCAAUUGCGUCCUCUCCUCAUCUUCCAACUUGUCAAGGACCUGAAAGCUCUUGCCGUUGCCAGGCCUCGUCCAGAUUUAAUAUCCUGCUCUCUCCCACUUCUCUCCUCUCUUCUCCUUCCUGGAACCAUCACCACCUUUUUUUGUCCAUACCAGACAUACCAACCUAUCCAAAAUGCCCAUCUCCAAGAUCCACGCUCGCUACGUCUACGACUCUCGUGGCAACCCGACCGUUGAGGUUGACGUUGUUACUGAGCUCGGCCUUCACCGCGCCAUUGUCCCCUCCGGUGCCUCCACUGGCCAGCACGAGGCUUGCGAGCUCCGCGAUGGUGACAAGACCAAGUGGGGUGGCAAGGGUGUUCUCAAGGCCGUCCAGAACGUGAACGAGGUCAUCGGCCCCGCUCUCAUCAAGGAGAACAUUGACGUCAAGGACCAGUCCAAGGUUGACAAGUUCCUCAUCGACCUCGAUGGCACCCCCAACAAGACCAAGCUCGGCGCCAACGCCAUCCUCGGUGUCUCGCUCGCCGUUGCCAAGGCCGGUGCUGCUGAGAAGGGCGUUCCCCUUUACGCUCACAUCUCCGACCUUGCUGGCACCAAGAAGCCCUAUGUCCUUCCCGUUCCCUUCAUGAACGUCCUCAACGGCGGUUCCCACGCUGGUGGCCGUCUCGCCUUCCAGGAGUUCAUGAUCGUCCCCUCCGCCGCUCCUACCUUCUCUGAGGCCCUUCGUCAGGGUGCUGAGGUGUACCAGAUCCUCAAGAGCCUCGCCAAGAAGAAGUACGGCCAGUCCGCUGGUAACGUCGGUGACGAGGGUGGUGUCGCUCCCGAUAUCCAAAACCCCGAGGAGGCCCUCGACCUUAUCACCGAGGCCAUUGAGAAGGCCGGCUACACUGGCCAGGUCAAGAUCGCCAUGGAUGUCGCUUCCAGCGAGUUCUACAAGGAGGACGUCAAGAAGUACGACCUCGACUUCAAGAACCCCGAGUCCGACCCCUCCAAGUGGCUCACCUACGAGGAGCUCGCCAACCUCUACUCCGAGCUCUGCAAGAAGUACCCCAUCGUCUCCAUCGAGGACCCCUUCGCUGAGGAUGACUGGGAGGCCUGGAGCUACUUCUACAAGACCCAGGACAUCCAGAUCGUUGCUGAUGACUUGACCGUCACCAACCCCCUCCGCAUCAAGAAGGCCAUUGAGCUCAAGGCCGCCAACGCCCUCCUCCUCAAGGUCAACCAGAUCGGUACCCUUACCGAGUCCAUCCAAGCUGCCAAGGACUCCUACGCCGAUGGCUGGGGUGUCAUGGUCUCUCACCGCUCUGGUGAGACUGAGGAUGUCACCAUUGCCGACAUUGUCGUUGGUAUCCGCUCUGGCCAGAUCAAGACUGGUGCUCCUGCCCGUUCCGAGCGUCUUGCCAAGCUCAACCAGAUCCUCCGCAUCGAGGAGGAGCUUGCCGACAACGCCAUCUUUGCCGGCGAGAAGUUCCGCAAGGCUGUUGAGCUCUAAGUGGUUUCAUGCUGAUGGAGACCCGUUCGGAUGGAAUUGGGACCUGGGAAGGUUUCUAGGGGUGACCGGUUGACCGACAUGUGUUACCUCGGAUGACCAAAGGACACGGGUAUGGCUAAUGAAAAUGGCGGAAUGACAUAGAGUUUUAAUGAUCAAUACCAAGUUUCUUUUACCCCAUAUGCGUUGGCAAGAACCACGUGCAAUGUUUGUGACAUGGAUCGGUAGCGUUAGCCAUCUGUUUCUCCCCUUUCCCCGCGAUUCCCCGUUCCCAUUCCCGGCCCGCUCCGGGCUACCCGGUACCAACUCGGCACCCCUGUUACAGUAGUGCAUUAUUGUCAGGUCCGCAAGAGACUUAUCAACGCUGUUUUCCGAAGGAGGUCAGGAUCUCCCCAAGUCGUUUGCAACCUGAUAGGCUGGAGUAGGUACGCAGAGGAGCAUGUUGAAUGUUGCGACUUUUCGUAGUCUAGUGAUAUGUCUAGCCGACUUUCGGUUAUUGUGUGAAGAGCUCCGCCUGUCCAACAGGUUAAAAUCAACACCGGCAACAACACCGUAAAUAAGCCCCGCUCGCCCGUGUUUCCCGGGCACCUUGAUAGAGUAGCCG